AUUCCAAUGGCGUCAGAAGCACAGCUUCAUGGUCUAACGGCAGCGGAAUUUGCAGUACUUGAGCCCAUCAUCAACAAAUAUCACCAGUUCGAAGCUCCUCCCAACACAUGCACUUCCAUCAUAACUCAGCGAAUCGAGGCUCCGGCUCGAAUCGUGUGGGGUUUCAUUCGGAGCUUCGAGAAUCCUCAGAAAUACAAGCACUUCAUCAAGAGCUGCAACAUGAAAGGUGACGGCGGCGUCGGCAGCAUCAGAGAGGUCACGGUGGUUUCCGGUCUCCCAGCAUCCACCAGCACCGAGAGGCUCGAGAUCUUAGACGAUGACAACCACAUACUCAGCUUUAGGGUUGUGGGUGGCCAGCACCGACUCAAAGAUUAUCGCUCCGUCACGUCGGCGAACGAGUUUCAUACGGACGACGGUAAGGUCUACACUAUGGUUGUGGAGUCAUAUACCGUCGACAUACCGCCGGGCAAUACUGCAGAAGAUACGAAGAUGUUCGUGGACACCGUGGUGAAGCUCAACCUUCAGAAACUUGCCCUCCUCGCCCUCUCAACCCUCCAUGCACAACAUUAA